AUGAAUCAUAAGCAGGUAGGUUUAUUUAUUAUUUAAAUGGAAAAAACUUUCUUUACAAGCAUAAAAUGGUAAAAACUUUCUUUACAAAACUAAAAGUGGAAAACAAUUUCUUUACAAAACGAAAAAUUGCAAAAACUUUCUUUACAAAACGAAAAAUUGCAAGAACUUUCUUUAAGAAACUAAAAAUGGCAAGAACUUUCUUUAAAAAACCAAAAAUGGCAAGAACUUUCUUUAAAAAACAAAAAAUUGCAAAAACUUUCUUUACAAAACGAAAAAUUGCAAGAACUUUCUUUACAAAACUAAAAAUGGCAAGAACUUUCUUUACAAAACCAAAAAUGGCAAGAACUUUCUUUAAAAAACAAAAAAUUGCAAGAACUUUCUUUACAAAACGAAAAAUUACAAGAACUUUCUUUCCAAAAAAUCUAACUUUUCAAAUUUCAGAUACUAACCCUCCAACGCCAUCACGUACUAACCGGCAUCCCAGCUCAGCUGUCGACUCGUCGUGACCAACUUCAUCGUCUUCAACGUCUUAUCAAUGAAGAACAAGACCUGCUUUGUGAUGCUGUCUACAAGGAUCUUCGCCGUACUCAACCACACACCAAGUUUCUCGAGAUUAACAUGGCAUUAAACGAAAUCAGCGUUUGUCUUCAGCAUCUGAACGAAUGGGCCAAGCCCGAGUACGUGGAGAAGGGACCAGCCCAGAUUUUGGACUCGGCUAUGGUAAUCAAGGACCCAUAUGGAUGUUGUCUUCUUAUAGCACCUUGGAACUACCCGUUAUUAAUGGUGUUUUUGCCUUUGGCUACUAUGCUUGCUGCUGGUAAGGAUUUUUCUGGAAAGGAAGGGGAGGGAGUUAAAAACUUUUUUCUGACAUUAGUUGUACUAGUAGUACCAAAAAAGUGUAUUAACCAUAAGUUUUGUCAAAGAUUUUUAAAUUGUGUGGUUUUUAACGUAAAAUUACUGUAGUACUAUUUCUAAACUUUUUUUGAUACCAGUAGUACCAGUGGUACCAAACAGAGUACUAAACACAAUUUCAUCAAAUUAUGCUUAAAAUGAAAGAUAUUGAUUGAAAUUAGUAUUGCAAUUAAUAUUUCAAGCAUUCUUUUUAACAAAAUUUAUUAUUUUAGGUAAUACAGUAGUGAUAAAGCCAUCAGAAGUGUCACCAAAUGUGGCCGAAGCCCUGCAAGCGGCUUUCACCAAACAUUUCGAUCCAAAGCAAGUCGCUGUUGUCUUGGCCGAUGUAAAAGGGACUCAAGAGCUACUAAAAGAACGAUUUGAUUUGAUUUUGUACACUGGCAGCACGGCGGUUGGACGAGUCAUCAUGAAGGCGGCUGCCGAACAUCUAACUCCAGUGGUACUGGAGCUGGGUGGGAAAUGGUAUGGUUUUUAUUUUUAUUGUUAUUUUAGUACUGUUUUUGGCAAAAAAUGGAGAUUUUAAACGGUUUUUAUAAAAUUUAUGUUUUGGUACUACUGGUUCACUUGUGGUUGAUUAUCGUAAAAUACGAAAAUUUUACCGUUGAAUUGUAAAACAUCAAUUUUCAGCCCAGUAAUAAUCGACAAUACGGCCGAUUUGGCCGUGACGGCCAAGCGAAUCGCCUGGGGCAAGUUCAUGAACAAUGGCCAAACCUGUGUCGCACCAGAUUAUGCCAUUAUCAGUAAAGCACAGAAGCCACAAUUCAUUAACGAGCUAAAGAAAGCGUUAACCGAAUUCUAUCCAGACAUCACCGCUUCCAAGGAUUACUGUAGAAUCAUCAGUCCACGGCAUUUUGAGUGAUUUUUUUGAAAUUUUGAGUUUUGGAAAGAAAGUUUUUGCGAUUUUAGCUUUUGUAAAGAAAGUUCUUGUCAUUUUUUGCUUUGUAAAGAAAGUUCUUGCCAUUUAACAUCUUGUAAAGAAAGUUUUUGUCAUUCAACACCUUGUAAACAAAAUUCCUUCCAUUUCCAGCCGCCUCAUCAACCUGCUGGACAAAAGUCAAGGCAACGUCGGCAUACAGAUGGCACAGCCCAACAAAGAGGACCUCUUUAUACCACCAACGGUGGUAGAAGUAAACCCAGAGGACUCGUUGAUGGAAGAAGAGAUAUUCGGCCCAAUCUUGCCAAUUCUUACUGUAAAUUCGACCGAAGAAGCGUUGGAAUAUUUGGCCGAAGGCGAAAAGCCAUUAGCGCUGUAUUUGUUCUCAAGAGACGAAAAACUGGUCGAUAAAGUGGUCAAUGACACGAGAAGUGGGGCUGUCACUGUCAAUGAUGUUGUUUUACAUAUGUGUGGUGAGUUUUUAGUUUUUUAGUUGGUGGAAAGAAAGUUUUUGCCAUUUUUUGUUUUGGAAAUAAAGUUUUUGUCUUUUUUAAUUUGGAAAGAAAGUCCUUGCAAUUAUUGGGCCUGUAAAGAAAAUUCUUGCCAUUUUUAAUAAACGUAAAGCUCUGCAGCCCGUGGGCGACAAAUUAUACGAUGAAAAUAAUAAAUCUUGAUUUCCAGUGGACACCUUGCCAUUUGGAGGUGUCGGUCAAAGUGGAAUCGGCCGAUACAGACAUCGUUACGGAUUCGACCAAUUCAGUCAUCAUAAGGCCGUCUUGAAGCGAGGAUUCUUUGGCGAACAGUUGGGAGCGUAAGUUAAUUCUUUAGGAUGGAAAAAAAGUUCUUGCAUUUUUUAAUAUCUUGGUUAAGUAAAAUAUUAUAAUUUUUGUUUUGAUAUAUUUAAAAUGGCAUUUUUAGGCUGUGUUGUUACCUAAAAUGGCACUUUUAUAAAUCUGUUACCUAAAAUAUUGAUUUUUAUAACUUGUUACCUAAAAUGAUAUUUUUAUGAAUUUUUUUAUUUAAAACGUGAUUUUUUUGUAUAUUUUGUUACCUAAAAUCAUAUUUUUUUAUUUUCUUACUUAAAAUGGCUAAAUUAUUAAAUUUGUUACCUAAAAUUUCGUUUAUUACAUAAUUUGUUACCUUAAACCACUUUUUUCAAAAAUUUGUUACCUAAAAUCAUUUUUUUAAAUUUUUUUACUUAGAACUUCACAAUUUCAAAAUUUAUUACCUAAAAUUUUAUUUUUUUCACAAUUUGUUACCUAAAAAUAUUCUAUUUCCAGAGCCAGAUACCCACCCUUAACCAAGCAAAAGCUGAAGGCAGUGGAGCUGGUCGGUACUCGAAUCAUUUUGCCCAGAAUCAUUCGCCGACUCUUCGCCAACGCGGACGUUUUCUUCCUCGGCAUUGGCAUAGCCAUAGUUUUGGGCCUAUUUGGACAAUUUAUGUUUGGCCGGGCUUAG